AUGCGUCCCCUCUCGCCAGUCCUCGCCUCCUUGGCGAAUGUCUUCCGCAUUCCGAUUUCCCAGACCCCGUCGCGUCCCGCCAUCGGUCGAAUCUGCAAUGACGCUCUCGUCAACAAACCCGUUACGUCGGCCGUGCAGGGCAUGACCGCGCGGUCGUUCUCGACGACGAAUGCCCUGUUGAAGCGCUCGAAGGGUCCCGGACCGGAUAAGCGAGUUACCCUAAUCCGCUACUUCCUCUGGCACCCGCUCACCCCCCGCCCCCUCCGCUUCUCCCGAACCCGCUACCUCCGACACUGGACGAUCCACCGCGCCUGGCAACUCUUCCAGGGCCAGCAGCGCCGCGCACACCAGCUCGAGCUGCAGCGCCAGUACCAGGCGAUGGGGGCCGCGUGCGAAGAGCUCCGCACGGGCGCGGGCGACGGCGGCCGUCUGUUCCGCAAGAGUAUGAUCAAGACGGGCGUGUUUCGGGAUUUGUUUCCUAUUGAGUAUGGGCGGUUGCAGACGGAGGCGCCGAGUAAGGAGGGGUGGAAUCAUGAGUGGAAGAGGGUGGAGAGGAGGUAG